GGUAUUUGUUUAUCAUAUAUAUACAACAAAUUAUCAAGCAAAGUAUAAAGGAGUUAUACUCCAGUCUAGUAGGUGGAGGUAAUGCAACAUUUAUUGGAUGCCAACGGCUGUUAAACCUAAUCGAAGAAGUAGACACUAAAGAAGAAGACGGAGAAGAAGUUUACGGAAAAUGGCAAGCUGGGGCAGGGUUGCUGGAGUUUUGAGAAACUUUUGGAGGAGACCUUGGUCGUACAGAACGCUGCAUCGUGCCCUGGGACCAGGCGUUGUGGGGUCUGUCGUUGGAAGCGGACUGAUAUAUUAUCACUUUGAGCCGAGCAAGAGAUUUUUGCCCUUCACCGUCCAUGCCGAGGAGGAAAAGGUGCUUCCAGUGUCCCAGACGUCUGCCAGACGGAUGCGCUUCAACCAGUUUGCCUCCAUGAUGUACGAUAAGGAACUCUACAUGACACCAAGGGAUUUCCUCUUCUCAAUCAUGCUGGAGAAUGUUGACCGUAAAUUACAAAAUAAAGCUCUAACCAAAAAGGAGGUGGAUAAGAUGCUGGAUGCUGCCACACGGGCCCAGGCAGGCAACAGUCUGUUCAGAAACUUCGGAGACGAUGGUCUGAUAUCCUACACAGAGUACCUGUUCCUGUUGACUAUUCUGACCAAGCCACACACAGGAUUUCAUAUAGCUUUCAAAAUGCUUGAUAUUGAUGGCAAUGAGCAUGUGGACAGAAAGGAGUUUCUCAAGCUCAAGAAAAUCAUUGGGAAAAUAAAAGAGAAAGUGCCCAAGGAAGGUGCCACAGACAUGAAACCAGUCGUAGAGGAGGAUGGUGUGAACACUACACUGCAGGCAUUCUUCUUUGGCAGGAAUGGCGAAAACAAGCUUCAGUACAAUGGAUUCUGCAGGUUCAUGGAGGACCUGCAGGCGGAGGUGCAGGAGAUGGAGUUCCUGCAGUUUUCCAAGGGCAUGGACACCAUGCGGCGGGAGGACUUUGCCGAGUGGCUGCUGCACUACACCAACGAGGAAGCCAACGAGGCCUACUGGGAGAACAUGAGGAAGAGGAUCCCUGCUGGCCAGAGCAUCACAUUUGACGAGUUCAAAGCGUUCUGCCUAUUCACCAACAAUCUGGAGGACUUUGCCUUCUCUGUGAAAAUGAUAAGUGAAGCCAACCGACCUAUUGGAAUGGUCCAAUUUAAGCGAGCUGUGAAGAUCGCCACAGGGCACGACCUCUCGGAGAACGUGCUGGACACUGUGUUCAAGAUCUUUGACCUGGAUGGUGAUAACUGCCUGAGCCACAAGGAGUUUAUCGGAGUGAUGGAGGACAGAGUACUGCGUGGCUUGAAGGUGCAGCCCCAGCGUGGCAUCACUGAUUACUGGAAGUGUGUGAAGAGGGAGACACUGAAAGGGGCCCAAGAGGCCCUCCGGGACACAGGAAGCCCUUUCUGAGGGGUUACGUCAUUGGAUUGAGAAGCUCCUUACGAGGGUUCACUGGGUGACUCCAAUGUAAAGCAUUGAUGGCUGACCACUAGUUGCUCAUUAUCACUUGAUAUUUGUCAAUGGAAUAUAAAUAUGGUCCUCAUGAACCAAAUCAAUAAGGGAUGAUACCAAAUUCAAUGUUUUUCAGGAUUCCUUUUUGUUUGUGAAAAUGUUAUUGCAAUAUACAUAAUCUACGGGUGAGUUUUUUGUUUACAAUAUGUUCUAAUUAGGCUUGGGCGAUAUACCGGGGUAUUUCCAAAUACCGACGGUAUGAUUUUCAAUACUGUGCUACGCCACUGCUUAGAGCUAGCUAGCUAUAAGUGUAACUAUAAGAAAUCUAAGA